UUUGCUUUACGUUUAUUGUUAUAUGUUAUACCUGACAUAUUUUUUUAUAAAAUUAGCACGACAUUAAAAUAUUUGGUUUACGUUCAGACUAAAAUACUCAAUUUAAAACAGAAGAAUAAAUAUAUACAUAUAAGUUUUUCGCCUAUGCUAACAUUGACACGUUCUCCGUUAAGUCCCGGAUAUCACCGUCGAAUAGGAAACGUACUUCACCGCCGCGCUCUGUUUUGACUCCAUGUAUGUGUGGCUGCGUAUGUCGCCUCCUCUCCUUCACUAGUUUACUUCAUUUCCCACCACUGCUAACCUCCAGCGCCGGCAGCAGAAUGGCAGCAGCUGCCCCCAACCCGGAGGACUCCGCCAGGAGCAGUGGUAGCAGCGGCACCAGCACACCCAGCGCCCUCGCCGGAGACGGGGACGCGGAAGAGACCGAGGACUUCACGUCCUCCUCCCACUGCUCGGAGCUGUCUCGGCGGCAGAACGAGCAGAGGAAGCAGGGCUUGUUCUGCGACGUGACGCUGGCCUUCAGCAGCGGGGUGGCCGCCGGGAGCGUUCAGAGCUGUGAGUUUUCAGCACACAGGUCCGUUCUCGCCGCGGCCACCGAUUAUUUCACCCCUCUGCUGGGAGGACAGUUCUCCGAGUCCUUGUCCGGACGGGUAGAGAUGAAGGAAUGGAGCUCAGAGCUGGGGCCGGACCCAGACACGGUGGAGAGUGUCAUCCAGUAUAUGUACACGGGAGAAAUACGCGUUAGCACCUGCAAUGUACAUGAAGUGCUGGAGCUAGCUGACAGGUUUCUCCUGCUGCAGCUGAAGGAUUUCUGUGGUGAGUUUCUCAAGAAGAAGCUGAGCCUGACCAACUGUGUGGCGGUGCACAGUCUAGCCCACAUGUACACCUUGGACCAGCUGGCUCUGCGGGCUGCAGACAUGAUCCGCCGCAACUUCCACAAAGUAAUCCAGGAUGAUGAGUUCUACACGCUGCCCUUUCACCUGGUCCGCGACUGGCUGUCUGACGCAGAGAUCACAGUUGAUUCUGAGGAGGUUCUAUUUGAGGCUGUGGUGAAGUGGGUGCAGAAGAACUCUGAGGAACGAAGCCGCUACUUCGAGGAGCUGUUCCGUCUCCUGAGGCUGCCCCAAAUCAAGCCCACCUACCUGACCAGGGUGGUAAAAAAUGAGAGGCUGGUGGCCGCCAAUGAGGCCUGUCUCCGGCUGGUGUCAGAGGCAGUGGAAGGCCACGCUAUCCGCUUUGAGAACCUCAAGUCGGCCGAUAUGGAGUUCUGGUCUUCCCACAUGGCCUCCUUUCAGCCUCGCUUUGGCCAGAACAUGGAUGUUAUCAUGGUUGUAGGCGGUGUUUCAGAGGGAGGGGACUACCUGAGCGAGUGUGUAGGCUACUUCAUUUACGAGGACCGCUGGGUCAACCUGCCGCACAUCCACAACCACCUUGACGGCCACGCCAUCGCUGCCACAGAGUCCCACGUCUACGUGGCUGGUUCUAUGGAACCAGGCUUUGCUAAGACAGUCGAACGUUACAAUCCCAACCGCAACACCUGGGAGCAGGUGAGCAACUUGACCACACGAAAGCAUUCCUUUGGCCUCACCUGUAUUAAGGAUAUACUGUACAGCAUCGGUGGCCACGGGAACUUCAGUCCAGGUUUCAAAGAUGUCAGUGUGUACGAGCCUGAGCAGGACAAGUGGCACAAUCUGGAGUCUGCUCCUAAAAUUCUGCGGGAUGUGAAGGCUGUAAGUGUGGAGGACCGCUAUGUGUACGUCACAGCACGCACACCUGUCGACACAGAUAAUGAGGAUGGACUGAAGACGGUGACCACUCGCUACGACUCAGAGAGCCGCCAGUGGCAAGAUGUUGACUCCCUGCCCCUUAUUGACAACUACUGCAUCUUCCAAAUGGCGGUGGCCUCGACCAACUUCUACCACACGGCUUCCUGCUGCCCCAAGAGCUACACAGUGAGGGAUGAGGUUGCUAAGCAGAAGAUCAGUGUGCGCAUCUCUGAUGAGAUCCUGGAGAGCCUGCCGCCGGAGGUUACCAGCAUUGAGGGUGCAGCUAUCUGCCACUUCGACGAGGACGUCUUCAUCAUCGGAGGCUGGAAGAACAGUGACGAUGUGGACAAGCAGUACCGCAAGGAGGCGUACCGCUACUGUGCUGAGAGAAAGCGCUGGAUGCUGCUGCCGCCCAUGCCUCAGCCUCGCUGCAGAGCCACUGCAUGCCAUGUCCGCAUCCCCUACCGUUUCCUGUAUGGCUGCCAGCGCUACCCCAUGCCCCAGAACCUGGCCCGCCAGCGAGAUCGCAUGCAGCAGAUGCAGCAGCUUCACCGACGCACACUCACCCUGCGCCGGCAGCUCCAGUCGCAGAUAGAGUGCUGAGCAAGUCGGCUCAGUCCCAGAACUACACAGCCACCAUUCAUCUACCCACACUCAUACAUUACAUGAUGCAGUGGGUCUCGUGUUGCUCUCAUACUGGAUUCCAUUAAACCUGAACCCUGUGCCAUCGGCUCUCAUGCUGUCUUGUGUUAAUGGCUGAUUUGUCGAAAGCCAUGAAAUGUGUAAGCAGGUUUGUGCUGACCAGCUGGUGAUAUGUCGGGAGGGAUGUGGCGAAUGUAAACAUGUGAAUAAGAGUGUUAUAUAUCAGCCAACGACUGAAUAUCCUUUUGUCAAGUAUGUUGGUAUAAAUGCUGUUUAUCUGUUUGUACAUAGAUAGUAUAAAGCUGUAUAUGUAAACACAUAUAUGGAUAUUUUACAUUCCUUUAUUGUAUGCUCGUACCGAGAAGGCGACGUGAUAUUAAUAUUUACUGCAUUCCUACAUUCAAUUUAACUUAAUGAAGCCUCAUUCCAUAGUAACACUGUGACAAUCGCCUCAUGAAACACCUGUUUAGAAGUCUAACUCACUCACAAAAGACCUGUAUCAUAAUCUCCCUGUUAGAGUGGCUCUCCUUGUUAAUGUGCAGCCUCAAUGUGUACAUGUGAAUUGAUUCAGAAAGGCUGUUAAUCUUAAAAUCUUGUAGAGUAGUUUGCUUCUAGAUCGCACUUCCCCUUCAACAGCUGUGCUGAGUAUCCUUCUGUAGUUUUUGUUGCUCAUUGAACACCUGAAACUAAUAAUCUUUCUCUGGUUUUUGAACAGGUGAAAUGAUGAGGGGAGUGUCACGUUGAAAAGAUGUUAUUAGAUGUAAUGAAAACAUUCCUCUUAAGUUAUCUUAAUGGUAAGGCAUUACUUUCGGCCGCUGCAUCAAGCACCAAUCAUCGGCAGUGGCUCAAUCAUUCCUUUCUUUUGCACUUUGGCAGUCUGUUGCUCAAUGUGUUUUUAUUAAUUCUAGUAAAAUACAUACAAAUGUGUACAUGUGUAUGUGAGGGGGUGUGUAUGAUUUGUGUUUGCAGAGCAGAGCUUCUCUUAAACUGCACUUUUUAACAUCUAAUUAUUUGCGAAGUCUUACAUAAUAAGCAUAGGGAUUUAAUUUGCAACUGCACUUUGACUUUCCUGUUUUGUUUGUUUCAUAUCAGACAAGGUGAUUGUAUUUUGGAAAUGCUUUUGUUUUAUCCAGCGUCCAGCCAAUAAGAUUUGAUCUUCUUUAAAAAACAAAACAAAACAUGUUACCAUUAUUUGUGGAUUUGUUUCCAACAUUAAAUGUCUUGUAAAACUUGUCUUUAUUGUACUUCUCUUCCAGCUGGGUGUAUAUUUGAGAUCUGUUAUGUUGUGCUGUCGUGUCCUGUCGCUCUCCAAAGAGACUAAGAAAUGAGGGGAGAGGGAAUCAGACUAAAAAAGGGAUUAUUGUGACUGACAUUCAGAAAGUCCCACUGUCCUUAACAGAAAAGAGGUUGCAGAGCAUAGAAAUGAUAUUCAUUUCCACUUUAUGACCAACAUACGUAAUUAGGCCUGCAAAUAUUAAGUGGAAUAAGCUAUGUAAUUUGCUUCGCAUGUGAUAUUCUGACAUUGUGUCCUUAUCUUGGAUGUAAGAAAUGCUAAUGUCAUCACUUGCAAUUAAAGAUGUUUUGUAAGACA